AUGGCCACGGGAGCAGCCCGAACAGCAGUGCUGCUCCCGCACCGCGUCGGGAGCAGCCAGGCGGGCUCGCUACUGGCGUCCCUACCCGGCUUGCGAAGCACUUCGACGACGACUUCGAUCCUACAGCACCCCCUCUUUUCGCACGUCAGGCGCUUCAGUUCCAAACAUAUCAAACAAGUCGCCGCGCCAUUUGUCGCUCGCGGUUACAUAGCCGGCCCGCGACCGAUAAUCCCCUUUCGAAACCCUCAGAUACCCCAGCCGAGUUCAAUCUUGCGCUAUUUCUCGACCGGAUUUCACGCGCAAAAAGACCCCCAAACCACGACGCAGGUGCCAAGAACACGCGAAGACGAAAACAACGCAAAGCAGGCCGAGCCAGCCCAGAAUGGCGAACACGAUGAUUUCCAAAAGAGCGAGAGAGCGGCCAAGGCGGCCCAGGUCAACCUAAGUGCCAAGCUAUCGAAGGAAGGCAAGACGCAGGGCAAGGCUGGGUUCGCAGAGAUAUGGCGGUUGAUCAAGAUCGCACGACCUGAGCUGAGAUGGCUUGGGGUCGCCAUGAUCUUCCUAGUCAUCUCGUCCAGUGUCACAAUGUCCAUUCCCUUUUCCGUCGGCAGAAUCCUCGAUAUCGCAACCAAGGACCCCUCAGAAGAUGCCCGCUUGUUCGGCCUCACCAUGCCACAGUUCUUCGUGGCCCUGGGCGUCAUUCUGACUGUUGGUGCCAUGGCUAACUUUGGUCGAGUCAUUCUCCUGCGUAUUGUCGGAGAGAGAGUCGUUGCUCGUCUCCGAUCGCAGUUAUACAGGAGGACCUAUGUUCAAGAUGCUGAGUUCUUCGAUGCGAACCGGGUAGGCGACCUUAUCUCCCGACUCAGCUCCGAUACCGUCAUCGUCGGCAAAUCCAUCACCCAAAACAUCAGUGACGGUCUGAGAGCUUUGUUCAGCGGAGGAGCAGGCUUUGUGGUGAUGGUUUGGCUGAGCCCGAAGCUCACCGGACUGCUGCUCAUCAUGCUGCCGCCUGUUGCAGUCGGAGCCUUCUUUUACGGCCGUGCAAUCAGAAAUAUCAGCAAGGGUAUCCAGAAGAACUUGGGCACAUUGACCAAGAUUGCUGAAGAGCGCCUCGGUAACGUCAAGACCAGCCAGGCGUUUGUUGGCGAAGUCCAGGAGGUUGCUCGCUACAACAACCAGGUCAAGAAGAUUUUUGCCCUCGGCAAGAGGGAAUCCACAGUCGCUGCGACUUUCUUUGCCACAACGGGAUGGGCCGGCAACAUGACCAUUCUCGCGAUGCUCGUGGUUGGCGGUAACUUUGUGCGCAAUGGUGCCAUGACGCUUGGGGACCUCACGUCGUUCAUGAUGUACACCGCAUUUGCCGGGUCCAGUUUGUUUGGUCUUUCGUCUUUCUAUUCUGAGCUCAUGAAGGGGGUUGGCGCUGCCAGCCGCCUCUUCGAGCUACAGGACAGGAAGCCAGGAAUCUCGCAGACGGUCGGGCUCAAGGUACAAUCGGCGCAGGGUCCGAUCCGAUUCUCGAACGUCUCCUUUGCGUACCCUACACGCCCGGCUGUCAAGAUUUUCAACGAUCUUAACUUUGAAAUUCCGUCUGGCAGCAACGUCUGUGUCGUUGGACCUUCUGGCGGUGGCAAGUCGACCGUCGCGGGACUGUUGCUCAGGUUCUACAACCCUACAUCCGGCUCCAUCACCAUCAAUGGAGUGGAUAUUUCCAAGAUGAACAUUAAGUCGCUGCGGCGCCGCAUCGGCAUGGUCGCUCAGGAGCCCGUCUUAUUCUCCGGCACGAUUGCCGACAACAUCUCUUAUGGCAAGCCCACCGCCACCAGAGCCGAGAUCGUUGCAGCUGCCCGCAAAGCCAACUGUAACUUCAUCAGCGACCUUCCUGCUGGCCUGGACACCCAAGUUGGUGCUCGUGGUUCCCAAUUGUCUGGAGGUCAGAAGCAGCGGAUCGCCAUUGCGCGGGCAUUGAUCAAGGACCCUGAUAUUCUCAUUCUAGACGAGGCAACCUCCGCUCUGGACGCCGAGUCCGAGACUCUCGUUAAUGCAGCUCUGGCCUCUCUCCUCAAAGGCAAGAACACGACCAUCUCAAUCGCACACCGACUGUCCACCAUCAAGCGAUCCGACCUCAUCAUUGUUCUUUCCAAUGAUGGCAGGGUUGCCGAAAUCGGCAAAUACUCGGAGCUCUCGGCCAACAUGGACAGCGCGUUCAGCAAGCUCAUGGAGUGGCAAAUGAGCGGGGGUGAUAUCCCCGACACCCGCAGCAGCGACAGAGGUCAUAUCACCGAAGACGAAGAGAUUGAAUCGGAACUUGAAGGCGAAGAGGCCGAGGAGGGCGAAGAAGCAGAACCAGCAGAGAACCAACAAGGGGAGAAGGUGAAGGAUGAGCGAAGAUGA